AUGUCUGAAUCAUAUAAGAAACAAAAGGUUAAAGGAAGAAAACCUUUAAUUAUCAACUUUUUUGAACACGCUGCUCCAAAUCAUCAAAAUCCAGUGAAUGAAUCUACAAAUUAUAACAAGAUAUCGUAUUGGACUAAAUUAGCUCAAAUUGCUGAACGUGGUAAAAUUAAUUCUAUUUUCAUAGGUGAUGUUUUAGGUGGUUAUGAUGUUUAUCAAGGUCCAAGAUCUUUAAAAGGUGCUGCUAAAGCAGCUGCUCAAUUCCCAACAAAUGAACCAUCUCAAGUUAUUAGUGCUAUGGCAGCUGUAACUGAAAAUCUUGCAUUUGGUGUAACUUUUAGUACUAUAAGUGAACAUCCAUAUCAUUUUGCUAGAAGAAUAGCUACUUUAGAUCAUUUAACUGAAGGAAGAGUUGGUUGGAAUGUUGUUACAUCGUACCUUGAUAGUGCAGCUAGAAAUUUACUUAAUGGCUCUGACCUUCCAGGUUAUAAAGAACGAUAUGAAAGAGCUCAUGAAUAUGUUCAAGUUGUUUAUGAACUAUUAUUAUCAAGUUGGAGAGAUGAUGCUGUUACGAAAAAUUUGGAAAGAAAACAAUAUGCAGAUUCUAAACUUAUUAGAGAAAUUGGGUUUGAAGGUAAAUUUUUCAAUGUAUCUGGACCUCAAAUUACAGAACCUUCUCCUCAAAGAUUACCUGUUAUAAUUCAAGCUGGAAGUUCUCCACCAGGUCAAAAUUUAGGUGCGCAAAUUGCAGAAGUUAUAUUUAUUGGAAGUAAUACUCCUCAAGGUCUUAAAUCCACUAUUGAUACUGUUAAAUCUUUGGCACAUGAAAAAUUCAAUAGAGAUCCAGAUUCAAUAAAAUUUAUAGCUGGUUUACAAGUUAUUGUUUCACCUACACAUGAAGAAGCUGUGGCUAAAUAUAAUGAUCUUUUCAAAUAUGCAGACCCUGAAGGUGUAAAAGCACUUAUUGGUGGGUGGACUGGUAUAAAUCUUGAUGAAUUUGAUGAUGAAGAUGACUUGAAAAAAUUAUCACUUGAUUCUGAAAGAUCUUCAUUGAAAAGAUUAGUUUCUGAUGUACCUGGGAAAGUAACUAAACAAGAUAUAGUUUCCAAAAGAUUAGUUACUGGAUCACAUCCAUUAAUUAUUGGAACUCCAAAAGAAGUUGCAGAUGAAAUUGAAAAAUGGGUUGAUAUCUCUGGAAUUGAUGGUUUCAAUUUUGCCUAUUCUCUUUGGCCUGGAACUUUUGAAGAUAUUGUUGAUCUUUUAAUUCCUGAAUUAAGGUUCAGAGGUCUUGCUUGGGAUGAUUAUCCUGUUAAAGGAGGUACAUUUAGAGAAAACCUCUAUGGUGUCAAAGGUCAAACAUUUGUACCAAAAGAUCAUAGUGCUUAUGGAUAUAAAUGGCAAUCUGGAGUUGAUCAACAAGAUUUCGAAAAUCAACUUGAACAACACAAAGAGUUAUGGAGGUCUAAAAACUCAUCUUCAUAG